CCAGUCUACCAGCAAUAAACAACAGCGAGCGCACUGAUACCGAGCGACCCUGUUCCUCAGUAAUAAUCAUAAUAAAACUACCGCCAGUUACCUCUCCAGCCCAUCCUGAUGAAGGAGCUUCGCCCUGAUUGAGUCCGGGAGAUGGGAAUACUCAACAUAACUGACCAGCCCCCCCUGGUCCAGGCUAUAUUUAACCGGAAUGCAGAAGAAGUUCAAUUGUUGUUGCACAAGAAGGAAGAUGUCAAUGCACUGAUGCCCCAGUGGGAGUUGGGAGUGACUGGAGUUGGUAUGCUGAGGAGUGGGGAUGAUGUCCCGGAAGUGGCUGUAUGUUCAGCUAGAGUCCUCGCGCUGGGCUCCAUGGGCAGGCCAGAUGCCAUUCCACAGCAGGUCCGGGCCGUGGGCUCCUGGUCUGCAGGACUCCUGGGGGCGUGGAGCUCUCUGGACGUCUCCACUCCAACAGCGCGUCUUCGAGAUGGGCUGCUCAAUGACGGCCGGCUGGAUACGGACGUGGGCAUGGGGAUGUGCCAUGUCAUGACCCUCUCUGCUGACGGCUGUCGGUCUGUCCUCUCCGUGCAGAAGGCAGUGAGCCUGCUCCUGCGGCAGGGGGCGGAGAUCAACGCCAGGGACAAGUUCUGGCAGACGCCCUUGCACGUGGCCGCCGCCAACCGCGCCACCAAGUGUGCCGAGGCCCUGAUCCCCCUGCUGAACAGCGUCAACGUGGCGGACCGCACGGGCAGGACCGCGCUGCACCACGCCGCGCACAGCGGGCACGUGGAGAUGGUGAACCUGCUGCUGAACAAAGGGGCCAACCUGAACGCCAGCGACAAGAAGGAGAGGCAGCCCAUCCACUGGGCAGCCUACUUAGGUGAGCCAGGCCGGGAGCACUCCAGGGGAACCUGCAGUGUUUUCUCGGGCGGGGAGAUCGACUGUGUGGAUAAAUAUGGCAAUACUCCUCUUCACGUUGCUGCUAAGUAUGGCCAUGAACUGCUGAUUAGCACCCUGAUGACAAACGGUGCUGACACAGCAAGGCGAGGGAUUCAUGGGAUGUUUCCGCUGCACUUGGCUGUGCUCUACGGGUUUUCAGACUGUUGUCGCAAGUUACUCUCCUCAGGUCAGCUGUACAGCAUCGUCUCGUCUCUGAGCAACGAGCACGUGCUGUCGGCCGGAUUCGAUAUCAACACGCCCGAUAACCUCGGGAGGACCUGCCUACACGCUGCUGCAUCGGGAGGAAACGUUGAAUGUCUUAACUUGCUGUUGAGCAGCGGGGCUGACCUGAGUAAGAAGGAUAAAUUUGGAAGGACUCCUUUGCACUAUGCGGCUGCUAACGGGAGCUACCAGUGCACAGUGGCCCUGGUGAGCGCCGGCGCCGAGGUGAACGAAGGCGACAAUAAAGGCUGUACCCCCCUGCACUACUCUGCUGCUUCCGAAACCUUCCGAAGAGUGGAUCGCCAUUACUCCGGGAGCCAUGAGAACGAGGAGGAGAGAGCAAAGGAGACCUUUUUCUGUUUGGAGUUUCUGCUGGACAGUGGCGCAGACCCAGCUGUUCGCAACAAGCAGGGAUACAGUGCGGUUCACUAUGCAGCUGCCCAUGGCAACAAGCAAAACCUUGAACUGCUCUUGGAAAUGUCUUUCAACUGCCUGGAAGAUGUGGAGAGUUCCAUUCCAGUUAGCCCUUUGCACUUAGCUGCCUAUAACGGUCACUGUGAAGCCCUGCGCGUGCUCUCCGAGACGCUGGUCAGCCUGGACGUGCGGGACGCCGCCGGGCGCAGCGCCCUCUACCUGGCCGCCCAGAAGGGCCACACGGACUGCGUGGAGGUGCUGGUGAGCCACGGGGCCUCCUGCGUCCUUAAGGACUGUUCCUCAAUGGACAUGAGUUCUCCCACGAGGCAACAGCGGCGUGUUUGUGUUUCCUUAGCUGCCAACGGCCACACAGACUGCCUGCACAUGCUGAUCGACGGUGGCGAGAAAGCAGAUGUCACAGAUGUCAUGGACGCCCAGGGACAGACUCCUCUGAUGCUGGCUGUGCUGGGGAGCCACACGGAUUGCGUCCACCUCCUGCUCGAGAAGGGGGCCACGGCCGACGCGGGGGACAAGAGAGGGAGGACCGCCCUGCACAGGGGGGCAGUGAUCGGCUGUGAGGACUGUGUCUCGGCCCUCCUGGACCACGAUGCCUUUGCGCUGUGCCGGGACUUCAAGGGGCGCACCCCACUGCACUUCGCUGCGGCCUGUGGGCACAUGGAGCUCCUGGGCAGCCUGCUGCAGGCCGCCUUCAAUACAGACCCCCUGGACUCCAUAUUGGACUACAGCGGGUACACCCCUUCACACUGGGCCUCCUACCACGGGCAUGAAGACUGUUUGGACGUUUUACUUGAAAACAAACCAUUUAGUAUCCAGGAAGGAAACCCCUUCACCCCGUUGCACUGUGCUCUAAUAAAUGGUCAUGAUGGUGCUGCAGAGUUGCUGGUGGAGUCCAUCGGUGCCCAGAUCGUGAACUGCAGAGAUGCCAAAGGAAGGACCCCGCUCCACGCCGCCGCGUUUUCCGAGAACGUGCAUGGCCUGCAGCUGAUGCUGUGCCAGGGGGCAGACGUCAAUGCCGUGGACCAGUCGGGCAGGUCUGCCCUCAUGGUGGCGGCAGACCGCGGGCAGACAGCCGCCGUAGAAAUUUUGUUGCACCGAGCAAAGGCUGAUUUGACGCUGAUGGAUGUCAACAAGAACACUGCACUGCAUCUGGCUUGCAGCAAGGGCCAUGAGAUGUGUGCCUUGUUGAUUCUGGGGGAGACCCAUGACCAGGCCCUCAUCAAUGCAACUAACAGUGCGCUGCAGAUGCCCUUGCACAUCGCGGCGCGGAACGGCCUGGCCACAGUGGUGCAGGUCCUGCUGAGCCGAGGGGCCACUGUCCUGGCUGUGGACGAGGAGGGUCACACCCCAGCCCUGGCCUGCGCCCCCAACAAGGAUGUAGCUGACUGCCUGGCUUUGAUCCUCUCCACCAUGAAGCCUUUUCCUCCCAAAGACCCCGGGGGCUCCCCCUUCGGCCUCAACCUGCUGAAGCACUGCGGCAUCGCGGCGGCCUGCAGCCCCCUGCCCAACGGCAACCUGCGCCACCCCUACGCCAAGGAGCGCCCCGGCGCCAUUGGCCUGGAUGGCUGCUUCUCUGAGUGAUGCCCACCAUCCCUCCCGUGCCGGGUGACACCUAAAUCAUCCCUAAAAUAAACAGCGGGAAUCCUGCAGUACAGUCAAACCCAGAUACAAUCAUACGCACUCCUCUCUUCCCACUCUCUCGACCCCCAGACUCCUGUAGCUCCAGGCCAAUCCUGAAAAAACUUGAGUCUUUCCUAGGGGCUCCUAGAUCGCUUGUGUUGGUAAAUACCAAGCUAUAGGGAAGUCUCUGAUUGCACGCUCUGGUAGGAGGGUUUGAAAUUCCAGGAUUUUCCAUAUCCUUUGACUGCAGGAGUUUGGAGCAGUCAGGUCAUUUUUAAUUGCUUUUAAUUUAAUCUGUUUUCUUAAAAAAACGACUGUCGCUUGUAUUGCAUGUUCCUAUGGAAUUGCAAAUCCCUGAACACUUCGGGUGACCAAGCAACACCAUCCCAGACUUGGGUGGUGUUUCUUCAUCCGGUACUCUGGUCUUGUUCUGAACCCCCACACCCACAAUUUUAAGCUUUCCAAAAAGGGUAGUUUUAAGUAUAGCUAUACUUAUCUGUUGUUAGUUCAUUAAGUAAAAUUAUCAAAAGUUUUCCUAUGCUUGAAAGUAGCACUCCGAAGUGUGCUUUUACAUCUUGAUUUUAUCUCGCUUACUGUAUUUUCUUUAAUUAGUUUGCAUGAAAUGACCACAGGUCUCGCACAGCUGUUUGUGCCGUUUUUCUUGCUUGAGCAGUACUGUAUUCCAAAAACACAGAAUUGCCUGUUGGUCAUCAGAUUCCUCUUUCCUGUGGGGGAACCCAAGUGUUCCAGGGAUGUGCUCCAGAGAAACGUUUGACCUGUACUGCUCCAAGCUUCUCCUGCAUCUUAGAGUAGCUAGCUUGUUUGGUCUGGGCAUGGUGGCUGGAAGACUUUGAUUUUUCCCCGCCCCAAAGAGCUGCACAGUAGAAAGAGCCAGGGGAUCCUCCAGUUUCCAGUCGUAGCUUAAGCUUCUGCAUUUUUAAGCUGUUCAGUUAGCAGGCAACUGGUAACGAAUGCUUUGUUACCUAUAUUCCACAGGCUAGUCGUCCCAUAGAUGAGGACUCUGCUAGUAUCCCAUAUAGAAGCCAGUAAUACAUCUCCAUUCAUCAUGAACCUUCAUUUUAACUUACCAGACUUCUUGUGUUUGAAAACUUUUAAAGAUGUGUUUGUAGGUUUGAUUGCAAAAGAUGGUGUAAUUGCCUAUUUGUGCAUUACUGCAGUGUUCUGUUGACUGCUGCUGCUGAGUCAUACUAACGUCAGCAUUAUAAGACUGUGAGGUGGGCAUGUGCUUACAAUCCAGACCCAGCGAGUCCUGACUAGGAAGCCCCAUUGUGUGAUCUGUGGAUUGUUUCCAACUCGAGACGGAGAGUGUGGUGUUUGUAAUGGGUUUGACUGUACAGACAAACAGGUGGGGUUAGGAGUGUGCAGAUGAUUUCCUACAGAACCCGGACACUUCCUGUGCAUCGGACUGCAGAGCCGAUCCUGAUCGCAGUGAAGAGACGGGUCCUGCAGGGGUUUUAACAGUGCAGUGUCCCGGGGAAGGGGGAGUGGAUCAUAGUUCUGUAGUGGCAGAGCGCUCAUAAGCAACCUCAAAAAUGCAAAUCAUAAUUCCCUUCUGCUUAAUUCCUCCUUAGCAGAGUGCAGUAAAAUUACGUUGGGGUGUUUUUUGCCGAAUUUGGUUCAGUUUCCACCCCCCCUUCCUGACCUUUCAUAUUACAAGAACUUAUGAUGCCUUAAAGGAGAAGUGGGUGUAGCCCCAGCAAGAUGCAUUUUUCUUCUGCACACUCCUCUAGAGAGAAGGGGAGGGUGGAUGGGAGAGGGAGGGAGCGGGGAGUCUGUAGUCCCCUACAAGAAAGAAUUGUUUUCAGAGCCCAGCACACUGCAGUAGAACAGGAUCAUGUUCAGCAUGUUUGUUUUUUCCCUUGCAGUGUGCCCCGAUAUCUUACCCUCUGGAAGCAAUCGCCCCGCCCCCUCCUUUUUUAAACUGAUGAUCGGAAGGUUUUAAAAGAGAACAAUGCUCAUUUCCCCACGUGGUGCGUUAACUACUUGAAAAGACCAACACACACUUCAAGCAUGGCCCUGACCAAGUUUAAGAGGAGAUCGCUUAUCAAAGCUUUCAGUCGUCCUUACUGUAUUAUUUUAGUAUUAUUAUGUAGCUUCCUUCUGGCUCGUGGUAUUAAAAGGACUUAUUCGAAUUCUGUUGUAAAACUUGAACACUAUUAGAGAGAGUACCAAAGAUAGCCUAGUGAUGGCUGUCUCUAAAAGCUUGUUAGCACUGGAUAAAAUUUGCACAAAACAGUUAAAAGCAGGCGUUUCUGCUUCCGGACAGACACUAGCUUUCUGCAGCUGCUGAUAAUGUUUGCUGCCUUUUUACAUUGACAAAUAAUUGCUGCAUUAGUGGUUUUCUUUUUGUUUUGAAAAAUUUUUCCAUAUGUGCUGAGAGCAAUAGUCACAGAUAAAGCCUUCAAAUUCUUAAGUGUUACUUUGCUGUUACGGUACCCUUUUUUCUUGAAAUGUGCACUUUUUUUGUUAAGAAGGAGGAGUGUGAUGAGGUGUCAGUUGACACCCAAUUAAUUUAAAUCUUAAAUUAAAAAGUAUUGUCUGAAGUGUAGUGAAGUGUUUGUUAAACUGGAAUAUGCUGUUUACUGUUUUUAAAAUGACCAAAGGUUAUUUGUUUUUAUGACUGCUAUAAUUAUAAAUGUUAUGGUGACUGCUAUGAUUUCCUUCAACGUAAGUGUCUUUCAUUUUAAUUAUUGGAGAAUGCCAGGCAGCCAUACUGGAAAAGAUUGCUUUUCACGACUUCCUGAAAAAAUAUCAAAUAAAAUUAAUCAGAAGUCUGAAUUCAGGGUGAUAUAAAUGACUUGAAAACUGACAUUUCUCUUCAGACACCAAACCUGCAGUUUUGAUAUCUUCAGUAGUGCGUUUGCAUUCAGAAUGUCAAUUGAAAUAGUCCAAAAUUGGCCAAUUUGUACUCCUCUCAAAAAAAGAGAGAGAGCGAAUGCCUCUUGAUGUGAAAUCUGUCAUAUUCGGGCGUUGAGCUGAACAAAUGAGAAACUGGGGAACCAACCUGCACGACGUUCCACACUUUGGUUUUGUGGUGUAGCGUAAAUAUAGGUCACACGGUGGCCAACAAUGUACUGUAAAAAAACCUCCCUUUGCUCUAGGAAUCAUUAAGGACUGACUUAAAGAUGAUUUUUUAUGGUUGUCCAUUCUUUGAACAUUUUGCUUGCAUAGGAGUGGAUGAAAUGGGGCAUUCAAAUGAAUUGCACUUUAGAGAUGCUUUACGCAUAAGCGACGGGUGAUGUCCAGAGGUUCUUUACUUCCGCCAGGGCAGACGGCUGAUUGGUCGAUUCCCUUGGGGGCGUGGCUCACAGCUGCUCACGUGAUGCUGGAGUUGGGUGCUUUUCUGGGUGGCUCACAGCACAGUGCAACUAAACUGUGAGCUUGCAGCUAUUCCACUGAGACCCGGGUCAGAGCUCAGUUGCUGGCAUUGCAGCCUUGCAGUCAGGAUUGAGCAGACGGCCAGGCACUGGACAGUUUUGGAACGACUGUUGUCCUCAUCGCUUUGUCCUUAGACGGGCCACUUUGCGAUUUUGCCCAUUCUAGAUUGGGGCUAUAAUAAAAACCUUCACCCAAAGGUGGAAGGAAAUCUUUACAAGUCCUGUUUUUUUUUAAUUGGAAGCAUUGUUUUGUCCGUUCUGAUCGCAGCUCUGGUUCUGCCUUACUCUUUCAAGUUAACGUUGCACAGGACCUCUUUUUGUUUUUUAAAGUAAAAUCGAAAACCCUUCUAACCUCAUGGUCUGGGGCCGAACAGCAAUAUGUGUGGCGUAUGGCAAACGGUUGCACUAUGUUUGGUGGCUUUUUGUGAUUUUGUUUCUUCACGCACGGAGCUGGGUCUCGUGUUGAUAGAACAGGACCCGCUCUCCAAUGUUUACAAUGCAAACUCAGGAUCAGUUACUUUAGUGUGGUUCUGUUUACGCGUUGGUUAAAAUUUUUCACUCUCUCCCCCCCCCCUCCCCCCCUCCACACCUUCGAAAUGCCAGAGACUGCAGGGUUGUGUGUGUGGGGUGUGUGUGCCUGUCUCGAGAAGCCUUGUGUACACCACUUGUGAACUGCUGUGUUUUAGCAUUGCUAAUCAACGGCGUGUCCAGCUCGCUUGCAAGCUCCUUCAGUUUUAUGGCACGGCAUGCCUGCAGCAGAGGAUUUCCCCAAUCCCAGGCCAGCUGUUUCUACAGCUCCACAGGACUGUCUCUGUGCCCGCUGGCUCUGGUUGGCAGUACAGCUCAGCCAGUUGGUUGGUGCAUUUGAGCUUGAAUCCAGGACUGCACAUGUACCGCUCGGUGCACUUUUUCCUCUUAAGUGGAGACUUAUACUGUUUUUUUUUUUUUCUUUUGAGAUUUGUAAGCUUUACAAAACCCAAGGACCUUAAGCAAUCCGACACCAGGCAGUCCUGAUCACUUGCACCUGUUAACUUCCACCCCAGUUUAGCAAUAUUACCAUCCCAAAGGUUCCGUCGGUGUCGCUAUUCGCUGCUUUCUGACCUCCCCUGGCUACUUGCUGUAACAUCUGAUCUUCUUUUCUGCCAUUUUUCCCCAUAGGAAAGUCUUCCAGUUUCUUUAUAUUUGAGGGUAUCACCGGUGACAUCUUUCAUCCUGCAAAAAGCGUAUCAGAAUGCAGGAUUAACAUCCUGUCUCUCUGUUAUUAAGUCCCUUCAAAGAGCUUAAUUUGUCUUGGCCAUUGACCAAGAAGUGACUUAACACACCCCUUUACUGUUCGUGGCAAUGUGGUAACUAAAGCACUUAAAUGGGGGGAAAAGCUAUGAUUUUUGUUUUGUUUUUUUGGUGCUAAUUUCUUCAUAACUGCCAGGGCCCGCUUGAUACGAUGGAUUUCUUUAGAUUUUAGUUUGUUGUAAUUCCAAACGUUUUUGGAGAUGAGCAGAAAAAUCUGACAUCCUGAAGGACUGAGUCGGUUUUUUUUUUACUUGAAGGGUUGUCUCUUAUUUGUGUGCUUGUCUGAGUGUGUGUAUGUGUGUGUGUGUGAUUUUGAAGGCCAGUAUAUUAGCUGUUCUAAAGUUUGUGUUCUUCGUGGUGUUGCCUGUGUUUUGGCACUUUUGUGUUUUCGACCGGAUAAACUGUAACUGUAAUCAUCCUGCUAACGAAAAUCCCAGAACUACUAUAGCUUUAAGAAAUUUUAAUGAUACUGGCGUUAACUCUGUCACUCUGCCCAUGUACCAGAACUUGGGAUACUAAUGUGAAGGUGGUGUUUUGGGGUACUUGGAUUGAAGUCUGGGUAGGAAUUCACUUUUAACUCGGUUGGGUAAUGGAACAGUAGGCGAUGUCUAGUUUUGCGUUUCAAGUUCCGUUUCUCAGCAGCUGGUGAACAGGUGGAUUUCCAGAAUGCUGAGAUGGAGGCCAGAGGGUUUCCUUCUUGCCUUCUCUUCAGGGGGAAUUCCAAAGAUUGACGCGCAGUAUAAUGACAGAGGCAGAACUGUAGCUGUUCAUCAUACACAGGAGGACCAUCCCCAUCUUGAUUACGAAAGCCCCAAAGCCUUCAUGAGCAUCAGUCGGCCGUGUUUCGAGCACCAUGUGGCUAAGCCUCCGUGUCAUCCUAACAGAGAACUAAUGGGUGUCUUUAAGCAAUCUUUCCAGUAUGGCUGAGAACCUGGGUGUUGAGGGGAGACCUCAAUGUUGCAGAACUGUCAGUGGUUCCUUAUCCCCCCUCCCCUCUCCCAAAUGUUUUGAAGAACGCUGCUGCAUCAAACAGAACUUUUCAUGUCAUAUUUUUUUUUUCAAGUGACAAUCAGUAUCGUAAGGGCUUUUAUUUCUCAAAGAAACACUUUAUUUAUUUUAGCGUUGCUGCACAAGUGUCUGUUUCGGUUUUUAGAAUUUUUUUUUUCCUCUCUCUCUCUCUCCUUAAAAACUUGGAAGACUGUCCGGGGCCAUGUCAAGUGUGUGUUGCGUCUGUUAACCCCUUCCCCAGUGGAAACCCCCUCUGAUUUCGGACGUGUUCUGUUGACCAGCAUUUCCCUGCUCAAGUUUACACUGAAUACGACCGACGCCUGCGUCUGGGCAAAAAGCUUUGACUUGACAUCCUCACGGCUGUUAACCUUUCAUUCGACCCGCAGGAUUGUUCUCUUUUAACGGAAUGUUGUACACAUCAACAGCACAGCUUGUUACUACUAAGAGUAAUAUUCGUAGUACUCAAACAAUUAAUCUUGCGGUAGUUCGCGGAGUGAGAUUGUUUUUGGUUCCCUGGUGCGUAAAUGUGAGGGCUGAGGAGGAACCGGGGCGUGAAAAUGCAAAGCUUAACUUGCGCCGUCGUGUGGCCAGUACUGGGAUUUUUUAAAAUGGUUUCACAAGGUCUUUUUAAUGUUGAAUUUCACAGCCUUUAAAUCGAUAUCCUUUACAUUAUGUAGGAAUAGCGAAUGCCAAAAUAGUGUCAUUGUUAUUCCUCAUUUGUAUGGUACUUAAAUAUGCUGAAAAUGAUUGUAUUAAGCUACCUGAGCAUUUUUUUAAGGUUGUUACGUAGCCUUUUUUGAUGUCAGAAAGGGGCGAGUUUAGGAGACGAGACAUCGUGAGAAUUUAAGCCAUUUGACGGUGAAAUUGUCGAAUUGGAGAUUAGUUUUAGGCUUUCUUUUCCAUAAGCGCAAAGUCACAUUUUUGUUGUUGUUGAGUGACCUUGUGACAUUUCAUCGACGAGGCCGAAUCUGAGAAGGAAGCUGAGGGUUUAGUUUGGGCAGGCAAAAAAAAAAACCCUUUAAGAGUGUGCAGUUCCCUUUAAGAGUGCCGCAGUCUGUCGGCAUGCAGCGGUCUGUGACCAGGGAGGUAAUACCCAUGAAGUAAAGGAUGGCACGUUGUAUCCUACUAUCCUACUAAGUAACUUUUUUUUUUGCCCGCCCAGUUACCGAUAGGGAGUUUGGAUUUGCGCUGUAGUCAGGGGGCCAUGCGAAGCCGCUAAGCUUUUCAGAGUUGAAAACAAUACAGAUUUGCAAGUGUAUGAAUCGUUCCACUCAGCCCUGAUCCAAAGCACUUGGUCAAAAAAAAAAAGCACUUUCAUACUUUUCAAAUAUAUAUGCAUAUAUAUGUAUGUGUGCGUGUAUAUAUUCUAAUAACAAAAGGGUUAAAAUCUCCUAAGCGGAACCUUAACGAGAGAAGAGAGGGCGAGAGGGACGUAGCCAAGAGAUGCGGAGAGGCGUCUCUUGGGACAGAUCGAUACAGGGGGGGAGCGCACACGUGCCCGUCACAGUACGCGGGGGCACGUGUGCGAGUAGCACAAAUACAUUUCAGAUCAAAAAGUGUAUUUGCACUGCCAUUCAUUUAAAGAAGAGUUGCCAAAAAAAAAAAAAGAUUUUACUGAAGAGGGAAAAUAAAGACAGGACAACUCAACUGAGCCAUAAAGUGAUUUGCUGACAUAAACUGAAUGUAUGGUCCAUUAUGCGCAGUGGUAGGAGUAGUUUGGUUAUAGACUAUUAUGAUAUUGAAUCUAAUUGCAUUGUCAAUAUAUAAAUGAAUUUUAAAAAGGCAGCAAUUUCCCCUACCCUAAAAAAAGGGAUCUAGAUGUCUUCCUGCGACUGGACAGUGCGCCCCUAUUCUGAAAUAUCGGGGGUUGCGGUUAAUGUCCAUUUUUUUCAAGCUGUUUUGCUGGUUUUUUUUUUAUCCUGGGCCUCCGUCGCUUGACCGUUUCAGUCCAGAUAUAAACUCGAGCAUGUUUUAGGAACAGUGAAAAUGUCUGGGCCAAUCAUUUAAUCUUAGUGCUCAAGUCUUAUUGUAUUCAAAUCAGCACAAUCUUCAUAUUGAUGAAGGCUUUUUUUUAAAACAAAGACUUACCUUAAUCCCGGAUGCGCUCAGAUAGUUAGCUUUGUUGGGACAGUGGGUGUCCCAUGACGUGACCAAACACAAACGGAAAUUCAGCGCAGAAAACUUGAUUGCGAUUGCCUUAACAGGUCUUUAAAGUUCUCCAAGUCACUUGAAGGGUGAUUUAAAUAUAUGACAAUUUAAACAAUACUCCAGUAUCUCAACCACCUACCAUGUUAACAAACCAGUCUCUAUAAAGUGCCAUAAGACCCUUAGUUAUUCUUUAGAGACGUCUUUGCUGUCUCCUGUCUUUUAUUUGACGUGUCUUUUGAAGAACGUGCAUAAGGAAUCUCUAACUUUUGGGGAGUGCAGUUUUUUUGCAGGAAAUACGCAAUAGCGGAGAUCAGCAGGCUUUCAGAAGGUAUGCAGUAUCACAGGCAAAGUUUACACUUGUGAUUAAUGUCCUUGAUUGGUUCAGACUACCAGGCUUUUCAGUUCCAAAAGAGGUGGGAAAUGUUAAUUUUGGAGCAGGCUCUGACUAUGUAAUUCUAUAGCAGAGAACCAGGGCUCGUUCAGACAUUAAACUUGAUUUCAGAGCUGAUUCAGAUUACAGGCAAAAGCAAUCGCCAGUAGAUGACAUUGGCACCAAGUGACGUCAUGUUGCACAAAAGGGUGGGGGGAGGGUCCAAAAAAGGCAUAAAAAAUCAUUUAAUCUUUAGAGACUCAGACAUUUAAGUUCAGGGUUGAGUUUUUGGGUGAAGCAAGGCAAGAGUUUUGUUGUUUCUUUUCUCAGUUCAGAUUUGGUUAAUCUUUCCUGAUUGUAUAUCCGCUUCCGUCAUCAGUUUUGGCUUUUCAGAUCCAGCUGCCACCACAAGAAAUGAUCAAUUGGAGGGGUGUUUGACAGCUGCAGCUCUUCGUGGGCAGCUCCGUGGCAGCAUUUGUCUGUGUGAAAGUUCAGUCGCCCCCUUAAGCAGUUAACCGGUAAUUAGUUGGGUCAGCGUAGCAGUUAAAGUGCUGGUGGUUCAAGUACCGCAGCAGAGUGACUUAGAAGAGACCGUUCUGCAAAGCUGGGAGAUGGACUGUAAACUCGGGGCACUUGAGGUGUGGGGCACUGUCACCAGUUGGGCAAGUGGUUAACGCAGCCCCAUUAAACAGUUGAGGGUUCUCAUGCUCGUUACAGCAUCUUGGCAGAUAUGGGUCUUUGCUCGUUGUUCCUGGUUUUCGAAGGGAAUCUAAAGGCAGUUUAUUAGCGUGCACUGGUGACUGUGGCGAGCAAUGCUAGCAGGUGCAGAAACGGAGCCAGGUGUUGCUCUUGUCAAAUGUGAUCUUUGUCUCUCUUGUCUGUUUCGGUAGGAGUUGCAAGAUUAAAGUUCAUUCAUAUUCUUCUAUGGGUAGCUAGUAAGCUAGUAAGCUGAUAACAUUGCUCUGAGAAGAGUGUUCCGUUUUACCUCCGUGGACGUCCGAGUCCCUUACUACUUGAAGAUGCAUGUGUUCUGAGGCAAUAGCAAAUCAGCCCCAUUGAUCUGCUGGGCUCAGCAGCACUCUGCCUUAAAGCUGGGUUAAGGAAUCAACCAUGUUCAGAUGUUCACAAAUAUACCUUAAGUCUGCUUUUAAAUAGUGAUUUUAAAGUUGUUAAUGUUUGGCUGCAAUACUGGACAAAGAGCUUGUUGGACAAGAUGGCAUGCUUUUUAAAAAAAAAAAACAUUUAUUGCAGAGCGGGUCUGUCCUGAGGCACAGGACAGAACUUGGAAAGCUACUAACGCGUUGCCUUGUAAAUUGUAAUCUGUAUAUUUUUCGGAAUCUCAAGUCCACGGUCCAUUUGUUUGUGUAUUUAGUUUUGAAUUUCCCUUUGCUGUGAUCUCUUGGUAUAAUGUUGGUCCAGAGAAGUCCAAGUGUUAGGAUGUGGCGCUUCUGUGUGGACAAAGGUCAGAAUAAUUCUCUCAUUGUGUGCGUCUUUGCUUUCCUGAAAGGUUAACACCAUUUUUCUCCUAAGUAGUCCUCAGUAAAUCCCUUCUUUCUGUCUGUCAAGGGCAGUGAUGUUAAUUUAAGUGAUUUAUCAUUCUGCCGGGUGAUUGUACUGUAACUGCAUUGUGUUUUUUUUGUAGUUUGAGCUUAAUGCUAUAUGCAUGUGAAAAAGUAAGAUUGCAUUCCUUUUCAUAUCAUGGCAAAAUAAUUUUUACGAUUAUGAUUUUCGAGAGUUUUCAAAACCCUGCUGCGUGACAGAAGACCCACUGUGACCUCUGUUCUGCUUUUAUUUCCAUGUGCACUAUACGGCUCAGGACACUGGGGGGUGAUCCCAGAGUCGUUUUUUUUUUAAAAAAAGGUCAGUAUUCAGGCCAAAUAAGACGUUCCUCCAUACCUCAGUUGACAUCUUUCAGACAGAUCCGCUUCUCUAACGUUACUGCCUCAAUGCAGACAAUCACCUUGAUGACUCAAAAGCACGUGAAGCAUCCCUCUGCCUUCUUUCAUUAAAGUGCUGCCCGUUGCUAAACCACUGCAUAGUGGACGUUGGGCAAUAGUGCUUGAUCUCCGAUUUGUGAUUUCCAUCAAAAACAUGGGGCGGUUAGGGGGGAACAGUUACUUAUCGCUUUCAUUUCUCUUGGUGUUCCACAAGGAGAAGAUCAGUUCCAAACUCUGAUCAUAGGCACAGCCUUUUUCCCAGGCCUUGAGCACAGAAGUUCAUUUUGAAUGGGCGGGGGAGUGUAGUGUAGCUGUUUUGAGCAGAGCUAUUUGGCCUGUAGCACUUUGCAACUCAACAUGCAGUUCGUCUCGUGUCGGUAAUGGUGUGAGUCCUCACUAAAAAUUCUUUGAGUUUUCGAUAGACUUGCAUUUUAUUUCACUCAGCCUGGAUGGCCCGGAAGCAGCUGUGCUAGCCUUGAGGAGAAAGAGCUUUGGUGUUUGUUUUUGCACAGAACGUGUGCCAGUAGCACCUCCCCAACACUUUGGUCAAGAGAAGAAUUUUAAUUUUUAAUCAUUUUAAAAAUAUAUAUUUUCUUUUAAGUCUCAAAAGCCAGUGUUUUUGUACACUGUUCACCUUAUUUGGGAAGCUGUUUCAAUACUGACAGUUUUAUUCUUCUGUUCAUUGCAUUGGUCAAGGGCUUCUUCUUGUCUCCAGCACUCUAGAAACAGUGAUUUAGAGCACAUUCAAGGAAGAAACAGGUCAGUUUUGUUCAAGGAAUGCUGUAGCUCCCAUUGCAGUUGGAUCCAGUUCAGAAUUGUUUGAAUUGCAUGUCUUUACAUCAUCCAGCACCUAGCACUGGUUAUUUCUUUGGCAUGUUUUUUUUGCAAAGAUGCAAGAAGGCAAAGUGGCAUUGCUUCUCUGCCUGCAGUGGGUGCAAGAGCCUGCAGCUGUUAAAACCUGAAGCGGACCACCUUGCUAUGCCACAGGAGUCCUGUUUCGCUGCCUCUUUCGCCUUCUGCAUUAGGAGGGCUCCAAAUGAAGGGUAACUUUUUUUCUGCACACAGUAGUAUCAUAUCUUGGUGUAUUUCACAUUUAUGGUUUUAGGAGAUUUGAAAGCAAAAGCCUGCUGGAAGUUGCAUGCUGGGUAGUUUGUCGGUCAGGAUUCCCUCAUGUCUUUUAUACCACGUUGUGUGCUGAAAAAAGGAUCAUGGCCCUUUAGGUCAGAUAGGUUGAAAUUCCAAGCUCAUCUAAUUAUUUUACAGUGGAAUUGCAAACCUUGGGAUACUCAAGUGUCAUCUUUAAGGGCAGACACCGGAUCGGAUGGAUAAGCAUCUUAUGGAGAGCCAGGACAGUCCUCCUGAUGUGCUAGGGAGGAGCUUCAUUUCCGGCGUGCAAUGCAAUAACAGAGGAGAGUGGCUUGACUAGGAUCUUUGAAAGGUUAAAAAUAAUGGAAGCUUUUUAUGUUGGGGUUUUUUUCCCCCCCAAAGAACUGCAUGUCAUUAUAUCAAAAAGGUAGUCAGAUUGAACCUGAAGUGUUAUCAGUUUUUGGCAGUGUGCAUUACGAAUCUACCUGCCGUUUAGGGCAAGGGAUCCAAUCUCUUGUCUGGGAUUUCUAGUAGUCUAGCUGGUGGUGUGCAGCUGUAUCUUCUGUUCUUGCUGUAGCUACAGUAGUGUGCCGUAUCUUUAUUAGUCUGUACUAGCCUUUAGUAAGCCGUCAUCUCAUUGUAGGUCCCCGUGUCUGAUGUCUUCUAAUGACACUGCAACUGCAGCAUUAGACCUGAGACCCGCAGGAAUGGGUGGUAGACAGUGCAAUAAGUGAACAGCCCUUCCUCGCUGACCAGCUUGUAGAACGUAAUACUACAGCAAAAAAAAAAACCUCAUCAAUGUCUUUCAACAAAAGCAAGAUCACCUCAGCUGGUUUUGCACAGUGCUGAUGCCCCUCUAAAACAGUGGGGUUUGGUUUAAGCAAUUAUCUUGUGUUUUAGGCUUUUUCAGGAACAUUGACCUCUGUAGAGGUGUCUGUAAAACAUCAGGCACUAAGAACCAAAACCUUUUCAUGGGAGGUGUGUGAUCUGACCUUGCACAUCUCUGUGUCAUAUUUUGUUUGUUGUAGGAGGGGGGGGUCCCUCACACACACACACACACACACACACACACACACAGAGCGUGCACCAGCAUUGGAUGAAAAUGCCUCACUGAAAUAGGCCCUGUUUAAACCCAGGCCAUCAGCAGUGAGCACAUGACUGUAUCCUGCUGGUCCCUGCCCAGUUGGACCAACCCACCACGAUCACCGACACUGGCAGAUUCUUGGCAACCAGAAGGGUUGAUCGGCACAAUAGAAACUCCCAAGUCCGUCACUUGUAAGUUCGUUUAUGGGAACAACUGUAAACAUCUUCCGUUUAUCCAUAGUCUAACCAGCAUGGGAGCUACAUGGCAGAACUCUCCAGUUCUAGAGUGAUAUUCAUGUGAUCUUUAGUAGGAAACCUUUUAAGAUUAGUAGGAUCAAUUAAGUAAAUGUAUUAGUUGGGUCACAGUCCCUGGAAAGGGAGCAAAGGAGCCUAGACAGCCAGCAAAUCCUUUAAAGCAGUGAAAAUAUCUUUUCACUGGCAGCUUUUCGAUCCAAAGACCUCUUACAGAUGCUUUUGGAAGUAUUCCAGUGAAUUCUCUUCCAGUGUGUUGCACUCCUCCACGAUGUAAAAACAUAUGCAAUCAGUUUCGCUACCCAGGCUCCUUGGAAAGUGUCUUGCAGCUGGAGGUGGAUGUGUUCUUCAGAAAUCGGUGGUAGAUGCUGCGCUCUUUUGUGUUUUAAUUCCGAACCUUGAGUGUCGCAAAGCAUCUGUAGUAUUUGAAAUGGCAAAUUGAACAUUUUCAGAGGCAGCGGAUAGGUAUGACAGGUUCUGGGUUGGAUUCCAGUCUAGGGUGCCUUGUGUGUGGAGUUUGCAUGUUCCCAUGUUUCUGUGUGUGUGUGUGGGGGGGGUUUCCAGGUGCCCCAGUUGUGUGUGUUUGCACAUAUAUCCACUGAUGCACUUGUGCCCUGUGGCUCCCGGUUGCCAGGAUUAAAUAGAUUCAAUCAUCAAUGGAGGCAGCUAUUCAGAGAGGAACCCUGGUGCUCGUACUGCCAGUUCACCAUCCAGUGUUGAAAACUUUAGUUUUUUCCUCCCACCUGGUCAAUAUGCACCCCCCCCCCCAGUCUAUGCUGUUGUCCUAGUGUGCAUCUGCACCCUGUUUUUGGUUUUUGGUUUGCAAGUGUCUUCUGUGGUCGAGACAAUAGUAACAAGCAUAAGAACGGGAGGUGGCUGCCUUCCCCCAGUAAUCCACCUGGUGAUCAAGCACAGGAGGUCUGGAGUGCUCUACACAUUCCGGUUGUCUUUUGAUCAGUGUUGUUGCGCAUGUACUAGGACUGGCCUUGAGUUUGCUUCAGAGCAGGGCUAGAAGAGGACUGUGUAGCCCGGACCUUUAACAGUGCUGCUGCUGUCAGUUUCUGGUGGUCCUGGGGCCAGGUGGGCUGCAGAGGACAUACCAAUAUACCAGAGAGCCGCCCUGUUUUCACAGUGGGCACGGGUGACGUCCUGCUCAAAAGAGGAACAAAAAAUGGAGUGGAUCGUCGUGUUAUUACGGGUCACAGGCUUAAAACGCCACAGGUACUCUGUUUCUUUUGGCGAGUUUCGAGGGUUUCUGUGCGGACAGGUUUCUCUUUGUCGACACGCACACGGAGGGACAGGCGUACAUACGAGGCAGCUAAGCGUGUGGUAACAGAGAGAGACUGCGUCAGGAAUGUUUACUGUGCGUCCGUCACGAGCGCGCACUACUCUGCCCGUUUACAGUUUUGCAAAGUCCCCAGGUGGCGGAACACUACUUAACAUUCCCUUGGUCCCCUCAUCCGAUGAGGGCGAGCGGAGAGCAUUUGGCUUGGGUUUGGAGCCUUGAGCUGCAGGGUGUGUGGAAAGCAGGCAGAGCCUCAUAUGCGCGGUGCUUUUCGUCGGUCUGGGUUCCUGGAAGAACAUCUCUGUGGUAGGGACUUCAAUGGGGCAUCAUAGGAAAGCUCUGACUAGAUGACGUUAGGCAAAGGUUUUGCCUUAAGAGCACCAUAAGAACACUUUUUAUGUUGUAGCUUAGAACGGGCCAGGAGUACAGAGUGCACUAAUGACUUUGCAGAUCUUGUGAUGAAUCUCCAAGUACAGCAACUCUCUUGGCCUCAGUUCCUAGAGGCACUGCUUCUAUAUGCUAGAUGGGACUUCGAGACAAGGGGAAAUGAAUUGGACAGGGGAAAUAACUGAAUGGGGGGGGCGGGGGAGAAGCUAGUCCCACCCUUUUGUGGCCACUAGUGUGUGUCUGUGUGUUUGUGAUUUAGCCACGCCAGAUGGACCAGGUUUACUUACUGAGCACAUGUUUUGUGACCUUCCAGCGCACUGCUGUCUCCUGGGCUGGCUGUUCACAGUCACUACAGCGGGUUGAGCACAUGUUGCCUUGCACAGUCCUCUCAGCACCGGCGAGGAGCCAAUGAGCACACGUUGAUUUUUGCCUGGUCUGGCCUGUCCAAGCAAAACCGAAUCUGCACAUAUGUGAGUUUACAGGGAUCGCGGCGAGAAGAGCAGUGCCUCUUGGAUCUCAGGGUCCAAGGGAGCUGGGUCCCGGUGGGCAAAUGGGAUUGAGUAGCGGCUGGAGAUUCCGAAUCCCGACCGGGGACGGAAAUAGAGAGGAGGGGAAAAAACACAAACCUUUAUUGUUUAGGGGAUGCAUGCUGAAUGAUCUUAUUUUCCAAAGCUGGUUCAAGGUUUUCCUUAAUCGGUCUGUUGACAUUUCCCCUUCAAUUCAUUUGCAAGUCACGUUGUUUUUCACAAUUUUAGAUCUGUGAAAUUUGCUAGUCAAAAAAAAAAGUUUAAAUCUUUUUCUUCCAGCUUUGGUAAAUCAGGCACUCAGUCCAAACUGUAGCAGAAGAAAUGAACAAGUAGCACCUAUAGCCUAUACAUAUAUAUAUAUUAAAUCCAGGGCAUCUGAUGUCCCGUUACCUCAUAGACAUAACUGUAAAUACAACCAUCUUACUGCCAGAACACGCGACACAGUUCCUCCCAGGCUCCUGGGUCUCCAGCCUACAAACACAGGGCUAUCCCCAUCUUUUCCAUUCAAGAUGAAACUUCUCAAAACAGGAGGCCAGUGAUCGAAUGCUACUACAAAUGCUGUAAACCUAGUAUUCCUAUUCUGGUUUAUUGUUGUUACUAUUAUUAUAUUAUUCCUACCUCCACAUUUUACAGCUCAUCAACGUAUCCAGCUGAUAUCCAUCUGUAUUAGCAAAUAUAUAUAUAAAUAAUAUAGCAUCUUACCAUCUUCAAUGAGGAGAAAAGUAUGUUUGAGUGUAUGUGUGUGUUCUAUGGAAAUAUUUAUAUAUAUAUCUAUAUCAAAUACCACUGGAAUGUGAAGCCAAACUGUAUUAAUAGUCUCCAUUAUGGUUCAACAGUAGCAUAUACAUGAAAAUUCCUGUGGUGCACUGUUCAUUUUUAUUCCACCCUGACCUGUUUAAAAUGAUCAGAGUCCAGUAGGGUACAUUGGCUUGCUCCUUUCUUUCAGAAAGCAGAAGUUUUAAAGAUUCUCUCCCUCCUCCCAAAACCACAAUCGCCACUCCAGUACUUUCUGAAGUGUUGAAUAUGUGUACAAAUUGAGCCAUAUGUCUCCAUUGAAGUUUACAGACCCUCAUGUUAAUGUGUGUGUGUGUCCGCAUGCAUGUGUUUGACUUUGGUACACAAGUAACAAUGUUUGUCUGCUGGGGGGUACCAGGGGAUAUCAAUUAUAAAAGAAAUUGUUUAUCCAGCCUUCUGUCUUGUCUGCCACGAGAUUUGACACCUUAGAUAAAACUUCUGUCCUGUUCUCCCCCCUUUUAACCCCCCCCCCCUUAAUGGUAAGAGCAAAAGAGGGAAGACCUGGGGGGGGUCCAGGUACCCCCCCCCCCACCCCCCAUGCCCCCCGCCCCUGCAGGGAGAGAAAAUGUAGUUUGAACGACAACCUGCAAGCCAUUCAUAAUUUUACGUGACAAUGCAAUCCUGAAAGCACUUUGCCUUGUUGACUCAUUUGUGUGAGCUGGUGAAUGGUUGUUACAAAAAAAAAGGAUGUUACAUGUAUUUAAAAAUAAGAGGAAAAAAAAAUGAUCUGCAUUGGUCUUUCAGACAUUAAAGGAAAAAAAGACUUACAACCUAGGCAUUCAAACUUGAUCUAUUUUAUACAAUGUGUGCUGCAGCCAACGAGUCUUGUAAUUCAAUAUUGUGGCUUAGAAUUGGUUAUGUUUAAAUAAAGUGCUAUUGCUUAUA